UUCCUCGUUUAGAAAGAGCUCUCUCCCUCCUCCAGUCCGAAACCCCAGACAAAGGAGGAAGUCGCGGUCUCUUCCCCUUGGCUCCCGAUUUUUGCGUAGGGUAAAGAUCAAGAUGUGGAACGGCGGCGCGCCGUCGUCGUGGUCUCCGAUGGCGCCACCAGGAAUGAUGCCGGGGCCUCGGAUGGCCCCUCCCCCGCCAGCGGUGCAGCCGCCUAACAGCAUACCGCCCUCUCCAGGGGAGAUGGAGGCGCAGCUGGUGGAGAAGGCGAGGAAGUGGCACCAGCUCAACGCCAAGCGAUAUGGGGAGAAGAGGAAGUUUGGGUUCGUCGAGACACAGAAGGAGGAUAUGCCACCGGAGCACGUCAGAAAGAUAAUCAGAGAUCAUGGAGAUAUGUCGUCGAAGAAACAUCGGUAUGAUAAACGCGUAUACCUAGGAGCUUUGAAGUUCGUUCCUCAUGCAGUUUACAAGCUUCUCGAGAAUAUGCCUAUGCCGUGGGAGCAGGUUCGCAAUGUGAAAGUCCUGUAUCAUACAACUGGUGCAAUCACGUUCGUGAAUGAGAUCCCAUGGGUGGCUGAACCUAUAUACCUGGCGCAGUGGGGUACGAUGUGGAUCAUGAUGCGAAGGGAGAAAAGAGACCGAAGACACUUUAAAAGAAUGCGUUUCCCACCUUUCGAUGAUGAGGAGCCUCCGUUAGACUACGCUGACAAUUUGUUAGAUGUGGAACCCCUGGAGGCUAUUCAGAUAGAAUUGGACGACGAAGAAGAUGCUGCUGUGUACUCGUGGUUCUAUGAUCAUAAACCUCUAGUGAAAACGAAGCUUAUAAAUGGUCCUAGUUACAGAAGGUGGCAUCUUUCGCUUCCCAUAAUGGCAAAUCUUCAUCGGCUUGCUGGGCAGCUACUCUCUGAUCUGAUCGACCGCAAUUACUUUUACUUGUUCGAUAUGGAGUCGUUCUUCACUGCCAAAGCGUUAAACAUGUGCAUACCUGGAGGUCCCAAGUUUGAGCCAUUGUAUCGUGAUACGGAGAAGGGAGACGAAGAUUGGAAUGAAUUUAACGAUAUCAAUAAGCUUAUAAUUCGUCAGCCACUAAGAACCGAGUAUAGGAUAGCAUUCCCUCAUCUGUACAACAACAGGCCAAGGAAAGUUAAGCUCAGCCCGUAUCACGGCCCCAUGAUAAUGUACAUAAAAGCCGAGGAUCCUGAUUUGCCUGUGUUUUACUUCGAUCCUUUAAUAAAUCCCAUCUCUUGGAAAAAAGUUCAACACGAGAAUGAUGAGGAAGAUUUUUUCCUUCCCCAAGGAGUCGAACCUCUCCUGCACGAGACUCCAAUAUAUACCGACACAACAGCAGCCGGUAUCUCAUUGCUAUUUGCGCCACACCCAUUUAAUAUGAGAUCUGGUCGAACAAGACGAGCUGAAGAUAUAGCUCUUGUGUCGGAAUGGUACAAGGAGCAUUGUCCUCCCUCCUACCCGGUUAAAGUUCGUGUCAGUUAUCAGAAGUUGUUGAAAUGUUUUGUUUUGAACGAGUUGCAUCAUCGACCUCCCAAGGCGCACAAGAAGAAACACUUAUUCCGGUCACUUCAGGCAACUAAAUUCUUCCAAACGACACAACUAGACUGGGUGGAGGCCGGGCUGCAAGUCUGUCAGCAAGGUUACAAUAUGCUGAAUCUGUUGAUUCAUCGGAAAAGUCUUAAUUAUCUUCACCUUGACUAUAAUUUCAAUUUAAAGCCUGUGAAAACACUUACCACAAAGGAGCGAAAGAAGUCGCGGUUCGGCAAUGCCUUUCAUCUGUGUCGGGAGAUACUCCGUCUGACGAAGCUUGUCGUCGAUGCCAACGUCCAAUUCCGCCUGGGAAACGUCGACGCUUUUCAAUUAGCUGAUGGCCUGCACUAUAUUUUCUCUCAUGUCGGCCAGUUGACCGGUAUGUAUCGUUACAAGUACCGUCUCAUGCGGCAGAUUAGAAUGUGUAAAGAUUUGAAGCAUUUGAUUUACUAUCGUUUCAAUACUGGUCCUGUUGGGAAGGGACCUGGCUGUGGGUUUUGGGCACCCACGUGGAGGGUGUGGUUGUUCUUCCUUCGUGGGAUUGUGCCGCUGCUAGAAAGAUGGUUGGCCAAUUUACUCGCACGUCAGUUCCAGGGUCGUCAUUCUAAAGGAGUUGCCAAGAACGUUACGAAGCAACGUGUCGAAAGCCACUUUGAUUUGGAGCUCCGGGCUGCUGUGAUGCAUGAUAUUCUUGAUGCGAUGCCUGAGGGUAUUAGGCAGAACAAGGCGAGGACUAUCUUGCAACAUCUUAGUGAAGCGUGGCGCUGUUGGAAAGCCAACAUACCAUGGAAGGUCCCGGCACUUGCAGUGCCGAUUGAGAAUACGAUACUCCGCUACGUAAAAUCCAAGGCGGACUGGUGGACGAAUGUCGCUCACUACAAUCGGGAACGUAUCAGAAGGGGUGCAACUGUGGAUAAGACCGUUUGUCGAAAAAAUCUAGGAAGAUUAACUCGUUUAAUUUUAAAGGCCGAGAAGGAAAGGCAACACAACUACUUGAAAGAUGGUCCGUACAUCACCCCGGAAGAAGCUGUGGUCAUCUACACCACGACAGCCCAUUGGUUGGAAUCAAGGAAGUUUUCUCCUAUACCGUUUCCACCACUGUGGUACAAACAUGACACCAAACUUCUUGUGCUUGCACUAGAGAGGCUGAAGGAGUCUUACAGUGUGGCAGUGAGACUGAAUCAAUCACAAAGGGAAGAAUUGGGUCUUAUCGAACAAGCAUACGACAACCCUCACGAGGCUCUAUCCAGGAUAAAACGUCACUUGUCAAGCCAGCGUGUCUUCAAGGAGGUCGGCAUCGAGUUUAUGGAUCUGUACAGUCAUCUGCUUCCUGUUUAUGAGAUUGAACCUCUCGAGAAAAUCACAGAUGCGUACCUUGAUCAGUAUUUGUGGUACGAAGGUGACAGACGACAACUGUUCCCUAAUUGGGUCAAGCCUGCGGAUUCCGAACCGCCUCCUCUGCUGGUGUACAAAUGGUGUCAAGGUAUAAAUAACUUGCAAGCGAUAUGGGAUGCAAGUGAUGGCCAGUGCGUGGUGGUGUUGCAAACAAAGUUUGAGAAGCUCUUGGAGAAAAUUGAUUUGAUCUUGCUUAAGAGGCUUUUAUGUUUGGUUCUCGAACCAUCACUUGCUGAGUAUAUAACUGGUAAAAACAAUGUCGUUUUGUCAUACAAGGAUAUGAGCCAUACGAACAGCUACGGUCUCAUUCCCGGUCUGCAAUUCGCCUCCUUUGUUGUGCAAUAUUAUGGGCUUGUGCUUGAUCUGUUGCUUCUUGGUUUGACCCGAGCCACUGAAAUUGCCGGUCCUUCUCGGAUGCCCAAUGAAUUCAUUACUUAUGCAGACACCAGAGUUGAGACCAGGCAUCCCAUUCGAUUGUAUUCCCGUUACAUUGAUAGAGUACACAUGUUGUUUCGUUUCUCUCGUGAAGAGGCACGUGACCUAAUUCAGCGGUAUCUUAUCGAACAUCCCGAUCCAAACAACGAGAAUAUGGUUGGGUAUAACAAUAACAAGUGUUGGCCAAGAGAUGCAAGAAUGAGGCUGAUGAAACAUGAUGUGAACCUCGGACGAAGUGUGUUUUGGGAUAUGAAGAAUCGACUACCUCCAAGUAUCACGACAUUGGAAUGGGAAAACAGCUUUGUUUCUGUUUAUAGCAAGGACAAUCCAAAUCUUCUUUUCAGCAUGUGUGGAUUUGAGGUUCGGAUAUUGCCUAAAGUACGAAUGGCUCCGGAGGCUGCUUUCGGUAACACAAAAGAUGGAGUGUGGAACCUGCAAAAUGAGCAAACCAAAGAGAGAACAGCGAUGGCUUUCUUGCGUGUCGAUGACGAACAACUGAAGGUGUUUGAGAAUCGUGUACGGCAGAUCCUUAUGUCUUCAGGAUCUACCACUUUCACUAAGAUUGUUAACAAAUGGAAUACGGCUCUUAUUGGUCUUAUGACGUAUUUCCGAGAAGCAACCGUGCACACGCAGGAGUUGCUGGAUUUGCUGGUCAAGUGUGAAAACAAGAUACAGACCCGUAUUAAAAUCGGAUUAAAUUCAAAGAUGCCUAGCAGAUUUCCUCCUGUCAUUUUUUACACGCCAAAGGAGAUUGGAGGCCUUGGCAUGUUGUCUAUGGGUCACGUAUUGAUCCCACAGAGUGACCUGCGGUAUAGCCAGCAAACAGAUGUUGGAGUGACACAUUUCAGGAGUGGUAUGAGUCAUGAGGAAGAUCAACUUAUUCCCAAUCUUUACCGUUACAUACAGCCCUGGGAGAGUGAGUUUAUCGAUUCACAGCGUGUUUGGGCUGAAUACGCAUCGAAGAGACAGGAAGCAGGGUCACAAAAUAGACGGCUGACACUCGAGGAUCUAGAGGAUUCCUGGGACAGGGGCAUUCCUCGAAUCAACACCCUCUUCCAGAAAGACCGCCAUACUCUGGCGUAUGACAAGGGAUGGAGAGUUCGUACCGAAUUUAACAAGUAUCAAGUUUUGAAGCAGAAUCCAUUUUGGUGGACCCACCAACGGCAUGAUGGAAAGCUUUGGAACUUGAACAAUUACCGGACCGACGUGAUCCAAGCGCUGGGAGGCGUCGAAGGAAUUCUGGAACAUACAUUGUUUAAAGGCACAUAUUUCCCGACAUGGGAGGGUCUCUUCUGGGAGAAGGCAUCUGGAUUCGAGGAGUCCAUGAAGUACAAGAAACUUACAAACGCGCAACGAUCGGGUCUAAAUCAAAUUCCAAACCGCAGGUUUACCUUGUGGUGGUCUCCCACCAUAAAUCGUGCAAACGUGUAUGUGGGCUUCCAGGUGCAGCUUGAUCUGACGGGAAUAUUUAUGCACGGGAAAAUUCCUACUUUGAAGAUAUCUUUGAUCCAGAUAUUUCGUGCUCAUCUUUGGCAAAAGAUUCAUGAGAGUGUUGUCAUGGACCUUUGUCAAGUUUUGGAUCAAGAGUUGGAUGCACUGGAGAUUGAGACGGUGCAAAAAGAGACUAUACACCCAAGAAAAAGUUACAAGAUGAACAGUUCCUGUGCUGAUAUUCUUCUCUUUGCUGCACAUAGAUGGCCCAUGUCCAAGCCAAGCCUGGUUGCCGAGUCAAAGGAUGUUUUCGAUCAAAAAGCAAGCAAUAAAUACUGGAUCGAUGUGCAACUUCGUUGGGGGGACUAUGAUUCCCAUGACAUAGAACGUUAUGCUAGGGCCAAGUUCAUGGAUUACACAACGGACAACAUGUCCAUAUAUCCGGCACCCACUGGCGUCAUGAUCGGAUUAGAUUUGGCAUAUAACCUUCACUCAGCCUUCGGCAAUUGGUUCCCUGGGUCGAAGCCUUUAUUGGCUCAAGCAAUGAACAAGAUUAUGAAGUCAAAUCCGGCAUUAUAUGUCCUGAGGGAGCGCAUAAGGAAAGGUCUACAGUUGUACUCAUCCGAGCCAACCGAGCCUUAUCUUUCGUCACAAAACUACGGAGAAAUUUUCAGCAGCCAAAUUAAAUGGUUUGUCGACGACACUAAUGUGUAUAGAGUAACAAUACAUCGAACUUUCGAGGGAAAUCUCACCACUAAGCCCAUAAAUGGCGCCAUCUUUAUAUUCAAUCCGAGAACAGGACAGCUAUUUCUGAAGGUCAUCCAUACGAGCGUGUGGGCAGGGCAGAAACGGCUGGGUCAGCUGGCCAAAUGGAAAACCGCAGAAGAAGUAGCUGCUCUUGUGCGGUCAUUGCCAGUGGAAGAGCAACCAAAACAAAUCAUCGUCACUCGCAAAGGAAUGCUGGAUCCUCUAGAGGUCCAUUUGCUCGAUUUCCCCAACAUCGUAAUCAAGGGGAGUGAGCUACAGUUGCCUUUCCAGGCUUGCUUGAAGAUCGACAAGUUUGGUGAUCUGAUUUUAAAGGCUACCGAACCUCAGAUGGUUCUAUUUAAUAUCUACGAUGAUUGGCUGAAGACUAUCUCAUCGUACACUGCCUUCUCCCGUCUCAUAUUGAUUCUGCGGGCGCUGCACGUGAACAAUGAGAAAGCAAAGAUGUUACUGAAGCCUGACAAGACCGUCAUCACCCAACCUCACCAUAUCUGGCCUUCUCUAACGGACGAUGAGUGGAUGAAGGUGGAAGUCGCACUGAGAGACCUCAUUCUUUCAGACUACUCCAAGAAGAAUAAUGUGAAUACAUCUGCGCUAACACAGUCUGAAAUCCGUGACAUAAUACUCGGUGCGGAGAUUGCUCCACCCUCGCAGCAGAGACAACAGAUGGCCGAAAUCGAGAAACAGGCCAAAGAAGAUAGUCGGUUAACAGCGGUUACAUCAAGAACGACGAACGUCCAUGGCGAUGAGCUUAUAGUCACCACAACUAGUCCAUACGAGCAGCAAGCAUUCGGUUCCAAGACCGACUGGCGCGUGAGAGCUAUCUCAGCUGCAAAUCUUCAUCUCCGUGUUAGUCACAUCUAUGUGAACUCAGACGACGCAAAGGAGACGGGAUACACUUACAUCAUCCCUAAGAACGUCUUGAAGAAGUUUAUUGGCAUAGCAGAUUUGAGAACUCAGAUUUCUGGUUACCUUUAUGGUUUGAGUCCCCAGGAUAACCCACGGGUGAAGGAGAUCCGCUGCAUAGUUAUGCCACCGCAAUGGGGGACUCACCAGCAGGUGCAUCUGCCGUCGGCUCUACCCGAGCACGACGUUCUAAACGACCUAGAACCACUGGGAUGGAUGCAUACGCAGCCCAACGAGCUUCCUCAGCUAUCUCCACAGGAUGUGACUGCUCAUGCACGGAUUCUCGAGAACAAUAAGCAGUGGGACGGCGAGAAAUGCAUUAUUUUGACCUGCAGCUUCACUCCAGGAUCCUGCUCGUUGACUGCCUACAAGCUGACCCCAUCCGGUUACGAAUGGGGUCGUGUUAACAAGGAUACCGGGAGCAAUCCCCACGGUUAUCUACCAACGCAUUACGAGAAAGUGCAGAUGCUUCUCAGUGACCGCUUCCUGGGCUUCUAUAUGGUCCCGGACGAUGGCCCUUGGAAUUACAACUUCAUGGGAGUCAAGCAUACGGUAAUCAUGCGAUACGGCGUGAAGCAAGGAACCGCGAGGGACUACUACCAUGAGGAUCACCGGCCGACGCACUUCCUGGAGUUCACUAAUCUGGAAGAGGGGGGCGCAGCAGAGGCAGACAGGGAGGAUGCCUUCUCGUAGUUGGGUCUAUAGCGAGCGGCAGGCGAUGAGCCUGUAGGAUGAUGGUGCGAGCCGACGUUUGUAUUCCACUUUUGUACUCGGUGUUGUCCGUGAAAGAG